GUCUAUUCUACACCUAGUCCUCGCCGCCUAGCUCGCCUCCAAUUUUAACACCCCAGUGCCACCAAUGCCACCACCUCAAUAUCACCACCCAGCCAUCCAACCCUUCCCGCCGAGCCCAGCAAAGCGUUGCCGCAGUAAUAUUGUCGAUAGUCUGUGGUCCCGCCGCCACCCGGAGGCAUGACAUUGGUGAUCAUCACGAAUGACGACAAGCCAAGCCCACCCUCCGCCACAGCGACCCCCCAGUGCCCAAAUUGCCCACAGUUGGAGGCCCACCUCAUACCCGGGGUCGAGAAGACCCCCCUCCAAGUCACACCCGUCAAUGAGAAGACACCCGAGCCCACGAUACCUAGAACGAAGCCUAUGGUCCCCCAGUACCCAAAGAUGCCCCCAGUUGGAGGCCCACCACAUACCCGAGAUCUAUGCAAGGCGUUUAACCUGAGACCCCCCUCCAAGUCAAAAUCCGCCAAGAGAAAGCCCCCAGAUCCCACGAUCCCCCAGAGCAACAAGCCUGUGGUCCCGCCACCACCCGGAGGCACGACUUGGCGUUCAAUCCCGCAGGAGAUUCCAAGCCCACCCUCCGCCACAGAUUCCCCCCCCAGUGCCCACGAUUGCCCCGUCAAGAGAAAACCCCCCAGAGUCCACAUUGCCCUCCGUUGGAGGCCCACCAUCACUCCCGGAAUCCAUGCAAGGCGUUUAACCUGAGACCCCCCUCCAAGUUGCCGAUGCGUCGAUGCUGGCGAUGCUGGCGAUGCUGGCGAUGACGGCGAUGAUGGUGAUAACAGUGACGCUAGCGAUGUUGGUGACGAUGGUGAAGUGUCGAUGUGUCGAUUACGGCGAAGUUGUCGAUUACGGCGAUGAUGGCGAUGUGUCGAUGUGUUGAUGUGUCGAUUUAAAAAGGAAGAAGUGUUGGAGGGAGAAAGUGAGCCGGA